AUGGAUUUAGUCGUUACCAAUAAUGGCACUGACAAUAUAGCUCUACUUGUCGGGCAUGGCAACGGUACUUUUGCAACCCCAAAACUGUAUUCAACUGAAUCUUCUUCAUCAAUCUCCAUUGCUAUAGGUGAUUUAAACAGCGACAAUCGUUCAGACAUUGCCUUCAUCAACAAUGAUACGAGCACCAUAGGCAUCAUGCUUGGUUAUGAUGAAUUUUUUCCUAUUCAAAUGACAUAUGCAACUGACACUUUACCGUACUCAGUAGCUGUUGGUGAUUUUAACCAUGACACCCGAUUAGAUAUUGUAGUUGCUAAUAGGAAGAGCAACACUGUAGGUGUACUUUUGGGAUAUGGAAAUGGUUCUUUUGCUGAUCAGAUGACAUAUUCAACUGACUCUUGGCCAUUCUCUGUAGCUGUUGGUGACUUUAACAACGACAACCAUCUGGAUAUCGUCGUCGCCAAUUUACAUGGCAAUACUGUAAGCAUCCUUCUCGGAUAUGGCGAUGGCUUCUUUGCAAAUCAGACGACAUUUUCAACUGGCCCGCAGUCAGCCUCUGUAGCUGUUGGUAAUUUUAACAGCGACACCCAUCUGGAUAUCGUCGUCGCUAAUGCUGGUGACAAUACUGUCAGUGUACUUCUCGGAUACGGUGAUGGCUCUUUUGCAAAUCAAACAACAUAUUCAACUGGCUCUCAACCAUUGUCUGUAGCUGUUGGUGAUUUUAACAACGAUACCCAACUGGAUAUCGUCGUUGCUAAUUUUGAUGGCAACACUGUAAGUGUACUUCUAAGAUAUAGCAAUGGCUCUUUUGCAAAUCAAACGACAUAUUCAACUGGCUCUUACCCAAUUGCUGUAGCUGUUGGUGAUUUUAGUAAUGACAACCAACUGGAUAUCGUCGUUGCUAAUCGGGAUGACAACACUGUAAGUGUCCUUCUUGGAUAUGGCAAUGGAUCUUUUACAAAUCAAACGAAAUAUACAAUUGGCUCUUACUUACUAUCGGUAGCUGUUGGUGAUUUUAACAAUGACACCCAACUGGAUAUCGUCGUUGCUAAUUUUGGUGGCAACAAUGUAAGUAUCCUUCUUGGAUAUGGCAAUGGCUCUUUUGCAAAUCAAAAAACCUAUUCAACUGGCUCUGCGCCACAGUCUGUAGCUAUUGGUGAUUUUAAUAACGACAACCGACCGGAUAUUGUCGUCGCUAAUUUUAAUGACGACACUGUAGGUGUACUACUUCGGUAUGACAGGGGAGCUCUGAAAAACAAAAUCACAUUUGCAUCUGCCAAUGGUUCCCGUUUACAAAGCUUUGCUGUUUUUGAUUUCAAUAACGAUAGCCUACUAGAUAUCGCUGUUGUCAAUUAUGGUACUAAUAACAUAGGUAUUCUUCUUGGACAUGGGACUGGCACUUUUGAAAACCAAAUGAUGUUUUCAACGGGCUUAAAUUCUCAUCCUUACUCAAUGGCUAUCCAUGAUUUCAAUAAAGACGGUCAAGCGGAUAUAGCUGUGGCCAAUUAUGGUACUAAAAAUCUUGUUACAUUUAUGGGAAGUGGGAAUGGAACAUUUGAAAAUCAAGGACGUUACGGUAUAAAUUUUGAUUUUGCACCACUGAUGAUUGGUGCUGGUAGUUUCAACAAAGAUGGGCGUUCAGAAAUUUUCGUUACAUAUGAUGGCAUCGAUUAUGUAGAUGUACUGGUUACAUACGACAUCGGAUCUUUCAGUCAUGACAUUAAAUAUUCCACUGGCUACUGGCCCCGAUCUGUAACUCUUGACGAUUUUAAUAACGACACACAUUUGGACAUCGUCACCGCCAAUCGGUACCACAACACUGUAAGUAUCCUUCUUGGAUUCGGUAAUGGCUCUUUUGCAAAUCAAACGACAUAUUCAACUGGCUCUAACCCAUGGUCUCUAGCUGUAGGGGAUUUUAAUCACGACACCCAUCUGGAUAUCGUCGUUACUAAUUUUGGUGGCAAUACUGUAAGUGUUCUUCUCGGAUAUGGCAAUGGCUCUUUUGCAAAUCAAACGACAUAUUCAACUGGCUCUAACCCAAAGUCUGUAGCUCUUGGCGAUUUUAACAACGACACCAAUCUGGAUAUCGUCGUCGCUAAUUGGGGUGACAACACUGUAAGCAUCCUUCUUGGCUAUGGCGAUGGCUCGUUUACAAGUCAAACGAAAUAUUCAACAGAGUACAAACCAUGGCCUGUAACUGUUGGUGAUUUUAAUAACGAUACUCGAUUGGAUAUCGUCGUCGCUAAUUUUGGUGACAAUACUAUAAGCAUCCUUCUCGGAUAUGGCGAUGGAUCUUUUGCAAAUCAAAUGACAUAUUCAACUGGUGCCGCGCCAGGGUCUGUAACUAUAGGUAAUUUUAACAACGACACCCAUCUGGAUCUCGUCGUCGCUAAUUAUGCUGACAAUACUAUAAGUGUACUUAUCGGAUAUGGCAAUGGUUCUUUCACGAAUCAAACGAUAUAUUCAGCUGGCUUUGGACCAAGCUCUGUAGCUGUUGGUGAUUUUAACAACGACAUCCGAUUGGAUAUCAUCGUCACUAAUUGGAAUGACAACACUAUGAGUAUCCUUCUUGGAUAUGGCAAUGGUGUUUUUGCAAAUCAAAUGACCUAUUCAACUGACCUUACUCCUUCAUUUGUAGCUGUUGGUGAUUUUAAUAAUGACACCCGACUAGAUAUCGUCGUCUCCAAUGGUAAUGGAAAAAGUGUCAGUGUAUAUCUGGGAUACUACAAUGAAGGUUUCUUCAGGCAAAUGAGACUCAUAACUGGAAAUGGAUCUCGCCCUAAGUCAUUCGCCAUUGGAGAUUUUAACAAUGACAGUCAAAUGGAUAUAGCAGUGGCGAAUUCAGGCACUAACAACGUUGGUAUUUUUCUGAGAUAUGGAAAUGGUUCUUUCACUAAUCAAACGACAUACUCAACUGGUUCUAACCCAUUCUCGGUAGCUGUUGGUGAUUUCAACAACGAUACCAUACUUGAUAUUGUCGUCGCGAAUCUUGGCAGUGACAAUGUUGGUGUAUUUCUUGGACGGGGCAAUGAAAUAUCAAGUGAAGCUAUGACAAUACGUCUAAAUUUGGCAAAUAAUCUCGUCAAAUGUAUAGCAUAG